CACACAUUUCAAACAAAUACGCUAAUCUCUGAAAAAAACGUAAACAAAAAGAGCAUAUUGCGGCGACUAAUUGGCCGUACAAGCGAACGGGUUCUAUCGCCGGGAUGACGGAGUGCAGCCACUGGUUAGCUUGGUGCCGCCUCUGCGCCAAGGACGAUGCCCAUGGCAAUGUACAGGUGCAAAUAGGCGAAAAUGGCCAAAGAACCUGGGAUAAUGUUCUUAUAAUAGCCAUUCACAAGUAUUUCGAGGUGCACAUGCGACUAGAGGAUGAGCUGAGCAUCGUGCUGUGCACCGAAUGCUACACGCUAAUCAGCAAACUCAUCAAUUUCACGGAGCAUGUCACAAAAGUCCAGGCCAUUUUUGAUGUCCUGCGACGCGCUGAAAUGGUUCCCAACAAGCAGCUGGAUGUGCCGGCACUUCGUCAACAGUAUGGACUCGCCGAAGACGACUGGACGCACAUCAUCAAACCCGUGGAGGCACCCAAAAUUAAUUCCGCCCUGGAAGCCGCCGAAAUCCAACAAUAUCAAACAAAAGUAUUACAGGAAUCUCCAAUCGCAGAUCAAACUAAACUUGAUCUUCAGGAACCGGAGACAGAAAUGGUGUUCCACAUUGUCCAAGCACAUAACAGCGCGGAAAACGAAAUAACCAAGCAGGAGAGAGAAGUGAUAUACCACAUCGUCCAAGCAAAGGAGAGCCUAGGAAAUGAAUCAUCGAAGCAGGGGACCAAAGACAUAGAUCCCGUUUUGUUGGAAAAAUGCACAAAUGUGAAACCACCUGAAGAGGAGUUGUCCAACUGCCGUGUGGACAGCACAGUCUUACAAGAUUCUCAGGAGCAGGAUUUCAAGUCAGACAGCUUUGAUGAAGAUGUCGAAUUCCCGCCCGCAGAAACACAGGAAAUUAAUUUCGUUAUUACGUCAGUCACAUCGGAUUCUCAAGAACCAAAUGCAGCCGAGAGGGCCAAACGUAAAAACGGGGCGACCUGUGACCUGUGCCACAAAACACUGUCCUCCGUUGCGGCUUUAAAUAUUCACAAGCUGGUGCAUACGGAGGAUCGUCCUUUUGAGUGCACCGUCUGCAAGGCGAGCUUCAAGAAUAGAGCAGGUCUCAAGGAACAUCAAAACACCCAUGCGGAGCCCAGCUUCCCUUGCAAUAUUUGCGGGAAGAAGCUGCAGUCGCGGCGCACCUUGAGCGGGCACAUGGCGGUUCACAGCGACGAGAUGAACCUGAAGUGCGAUGUUUGCUUCAAACGCUUUAAACGCUCGAAGUACCUUAAGUCGCACCUGCUUAGCCACACGGGAUUACGACCGUAUAUUUGCGACGUUUGCGAAAAACCGUUUGCCUGCAGAGCGAAAUGCCAUUCCCAUAUGCUUAAGAAACAUCCCGAGGAGGAUCAGCAGAUGCUUCGUGCAAAACUUUCUGCUCGCUUAAAUCUCCCAACGCUAGAAGAACUUCGGGCUAUGACUCAUAAACUACGAAAAGAAAAAAAAUAAAUAUGGGUUUUUUAAUAUUAUGUGAAUAAUAUUAACUAAGUAUAUUUAUAAGAUUGAACUGAUUAUUUAUAUUAUAAAUAAUAAAAUAAGAAUCAAGACUUUGGCUUUAAUAAAAAUUAUUUGUUUGAAUCAAACAAAUUGGUUGAAAAAAGGUUAUAAUAAAAAUUGGUUGUCUUACAACUAUAUAUUACCAUCUUUUGAAGAAAUUUUUGCACUCUCUUCUUACUUUCAAUGUUAAUUUGGUUGGUAAGUUAGUUCCAUGCUUUACCUGCAAUUAGGACUUAGCAAAUAAUAAAACGCAUCUGAUUUAUUUAAAAACAAAAUAAUUUUAUUGUGGUUUAAUGGAAAUAGAAAUUCUUACAAUACAAUUGUUGUUGCUGGUUGUUCUUGUUGGUUGGUUUAAUAUUAAUGUUACACAACAUUUUUUAAAUGUUAAUUAAUACCAUAUUUUAAUAUAAUAAUAAUUUCAUGUUUUUUUCUUUUUUAAUUACUUCGAAAAUUGUGGCCCCUAAGCAUUAAAAAGACUUUCAUUUGUUUCUAUUAUUAUUUUACUGGAUUUUAGAGUAGAGUUCAAAAUCUGUUAUAUCAAAUUCAAAUAGAUGUUCCCGAACUCGCCACUCUAGCAAACUGCAGCUUUUAAUAAAUUAUGAUUUUUUUUCUUUGUUAUACGUUUUUCCACAUGUAUAAAAAUAUUUUUAUAUAAUUUACUGUAAGUACUUUUGGUUUUCUCUUACACAUUACAUUAAUGAGUUGUUAUCUUGUGUUUGCCUUAAUGUUUUAUAUAUAAGUAUAUAUAUAAAAUGCGCAUACAGUUGGAAUCUUAGUUAAUAAUAAUAGUUAAUGAGUUAAUAACGUUCACAUUCAAUUACAUCGUAUUCGAUUUAGUUACGAUUAAUAUUACAUUUUAAUUCGCUUUUGUUUUUAGCUUGUUCUUGAGGAAUUCAAAUUGAAUACAAAAAAACAGUUGGUUGUAAUUGAAAAUACAAAAUAUUCAAGUUAAAUGCGUAUUUGGUUUCGAUUUUUCAAGAAAAUUGUCAUUGUUUAUUGGUUUAUUACAUUUAAUUGUGCUCGAGUUGUGGGUAAGAUUGGGUUGAGUGUUGAAUGACUGAUUGAAUGGUCGAGUGACUGACUGACUGAGUGAGUAUCAUGCAGGGUGUCUGAGGAGCUGAGCUGAGCUGAUCCUGGCAGUAAGUUGAGUCAGUUACAAACUUGAACCGAAUUGUAAUUGUUCUGUACUGUGGUUAAAUCUUUGUAUGCAUAUUAGAAACAGUAUAUAGCAUAUAGUAUGCAUUUGGUGGGCGUGUAUAUAUUUUUUAUUUUCCUUUUUCAUUUCAACGCAAAAAGUUAACAAUUUCUCGUUCGAAACAGCUGAGAAUGGCCUGCCUGACAAAGUCUACAUGUAAUAUAGCUUUUUUUUAUAUAUGUAUAGAAUAAAAAUGCCAACCCUCUAUGAUAUACAUUAUUUGCUUGUCAGUCCAUAUUUUCCACAUUUUCUUGUCCUUUGCUUUAACAUUUUUGUUUUGAGUUUUUUUUUUUUUGGUUUUUUUGGUUUUAGUUUUGUAUUUCUUAAGUGUAAAACAAAAUUUGAGCGAAAUAUACGAGUUGUAACUGAACGUACAAUGUAAACAAUUAACCAUAAAGAAAACAUAUUACUUUAGCUGAUAAAAUGUUUUGUUUUCAUACUACUAUUUAGUAUAUGAAAGCCAUUUAAGCAACACCCUGUAUACAGUAUACACUUGUUUUUUAUUUUCAAAUUCAACUUGGCUUUAGCAGAGAAAUUCAAAUUGCGGGAGACGUUAAAAUCAA